AUGGCCAACCGAUCUACAGUGACAGAGUUCCUUCUGACGGGAUUUUCUGAUGACCGUGACAUGCAGAUCCUUCAUUUUGUGAUGUUCCUCUUCAUUUAUUUAACAGCCUUAGUGGGAAAUUUUCUCAUCAUUACAGCGGUGGCCCUCAACCACCAUCUUCACAGCCCCAUGUACUUUUUUUUGGUGAACCUAUCACUUGUGGAUGUCUCCUACAUUUCCACUACAGUUCCCAAAUCCCUGAGCGUUUCACUCACAAACAACAGAGUGAUUUCCUUUCCUGGGUGUGUCACUCAGGUGUUCUUAGUGGUCACCCUUGUUGGUUUUGAGCUUGCCUUACUGGCCAUCAUGGCUUAUGACCGUUAUGUUGCAAUCUGCCAUCCUCUGCAAUAUAGGUUAAUCAUGAGCAGGAGUGCAUGCAUCCAAAUGACAGCUGCUUCGGGGAUAAGCUUCCUCUUACAUGCAGCCUUAGAAACCAGUUUCACUUUCAGGUUAAACUUCUGUGGGACAAAUAUAGUUGGGCAGUAUUUCUGUGAUAUACCUCAGUUACAAAUGAUUUCGUGCAGCAGUCCCAAAAAUAACCAGCUUCUGAUUUUGGUGGUUGGGCUCAGUUUGAGCUUUUUUUCCUUUGCACUCAUCUUUACUUCUUACGGCUACAUCUUGUCUGCUGUCCUGAAAAUCCCAUCAGUCCAAGGCAGAUACAAAGCUUUCUCUACCUGCACUCCCCACCUGACUGUCUUUUCUAUAUUUAUCGUCACAGUUGUGUUUUCAUAUAUGAAGCCUAAAGCACUUUCCUCCCGCACUGUGGACCUGCUUUCUGCUGUUUUCUAUACAGUUUUGCCACCCACUCUUAAUCCCAUCAUUUAUAGUUUAAGAAACAGGGACAUCCAAGAAGCUGUGCAGAAAAUACCUACCAAAAUUAAAAAUCUUGUAGCAUGA